UUUCUGCCCCUCUCUGCGUCAGCCUCACGUCACUUUGCCGGCAGCUCCCCGGCUUGGGCUGGAGCAGGAGCCGGGGCUGCUUUAUUAUCAGCUGGAGGGGAGGAGGAGACGGUGCGUAAAGCGGCGAGCGCGGCGCCCCGAGCCCCGCCGCCGCCGCCGCCGCGGGCUGCGCCCUCCCUCCCCCGCCCUCCCUCCCUCUUUCCCUCCCUCCCUCUCUCUUUCCCUCCCUCCCUCCCUCUCUCCAUCCCUCCCGCGGGCAGCGGCCGCCCGAGUCCCCGCAGGUAGAGGCGCAGCCUCCGCCACCUGCCCCUGCCGCUCCGCGCGUUUUGCAGCAUCAUCGGGAGCCGCCGCGGGGACAGGCGGUGCCGCUGCCCGCCCGCGGGGCCGGGGCAGGUGCCGAGCCGUGCCGAGCCGUGCCCGCUCCCUCCCGAGUCCCGCCGACCCUCGCAGCCCCCGGUCGGGCACGGUGGCGGCUGCUGCUGCGGCGCGCCCAUGUGAACCCGGCCCGCGGGGUGCCGGCCCGCGGCGCGGAAGGCUGCGCACCCAACGCAGCAUCCCGAGGAGGCCGUCGGGCAGCGCCGGGGUGAUGGGGGGAGGCACGGUGUCCUGGCGGCGGAGGCCGGGCCCCGGCCUGGCGAGGCUGUGGGGCUUGUGCUGCCUGGUGCUGGGCUGCUGGCGGGGCGCGCUGGGCUGCCCCGCGUCCUGCCGCUGCAGCUCCUGGCGGAUCUGGUGCGCCGAGCCGGUGCCGGGCAUCUCCUCCUUCCCCGUGCCGCAGCGGAGCGCCGAGGGCGACAAUGUCACCGAGAUUUACAUUGCAAACCAGCAAAAAUUAGAAAGCAUCAAUGACAAUGAAGUUGGAUUUUACAUCGGACUUAAAAAUCUGACUGUGGUGAAUUCAGGCUUACGGUUUGUGUCCCGUCAGGCAUUUGCGAAAAACGUCAACCUACAAUACAUCAAUUUAUCCAGAAACAAGCUCUCAAGUUUGUCCAAGAAGCCUUUUCGCCAUCUGGGUUUGUCUGAUCUGAUAUUGGUGGACAAUCCAUUCAAGUGUUCCUGUGAAAUUAUGUGGAUCAAGAAAUUUCAAGAGACCAAGUUUUACACAGAAACUCAGGAUUUAUAUUGUUUAGACGACAACAACAAGAGGACAGCCUUGAUGGAUAUGAAGGUCCCAAACUGCGACUUACCCUCAGCAAACUUAAGCAAUUACAACAUCACCGUGGUAGAAGGAAAGAGCAUCACAUUGUACUGUGAUACUAGUGGAGGGCCACCCCCUAAUGUGUCCUGGGUGCUCACUAAUCUUGUUUCAAACCAUGAGAGUGACACAAGUAAGAAUCCUGCUUCGCUAACCAUAAAGAAUGUCUCAUCCAUGGACAGCGGGCUGUGGAUUUCAUGUGUUGCAGAGAACAUUGUGGGAGAGGACCAAGCCUCUGCUGAGCUCACGGUAUUCUUUGCACCAAAUAUCACAUUUAUUGAAUCUCCAACCCCGGACCACCACUGGUGUAUUCCAUUCACUGUGAAAGGGAACCCUAAGCCCACAUUGCAGUGGUUCUAUGAAGGGGCUAUACUGAAUGAGUCUGAAUACAUCUGUACUAAAAUACAUGUUAUCAAUCAAAGUGAAUACCAUGGCUGCCUUCAGCUGGACAACCCUACACACCUGAAUAAUGGUGCUUAUACCUUACUGGCAAAGAAUGAGUAUGGAGAAGAUGAAAAACGGGUUGAUGCUCAUUUCAUGUCAGUGCCUGGAGAUGGUAGUGGCCCAAUUGUGGAUCCAGACGUUUAUGAGUAUGAAACCACGCCUAAUGAUCUUGGAGACACCACAAAUAACAGUAAUCAAAUCACUUCUACGGAUGUUUCCAACAAAGAGAAUGAAGAUAGCAUCACUGUGUAUGUUGUGGUGGGAAUUGCAGCACUGGUGUGCACUGGCUUAGUAAUAAUGCUUAUUAUUCUGAAGUUUGGAAGACACUCUAAGUUUGGAAUGAAAGUUCAUGGUGAAGUAAAAGGAGUUGGUCUGGUAGAUCAAAUAUGGCUUUCGUUGCAAGACUGCGACAAUGAAGGUCCUUCUUCAGUUAUCAGCAAUGAUGAUGAUUCAGCCAGCCCUCUCCAUCACAUCUCAAAUGGCAGUAACACUCCAUCUUCUUCUGAGGGGGGUCCUGACGCAGUCAUCAUUGGGAUGACAAAGAUUCCCGUCAUUGAAAAUCCUCAGUACUUUGGCAUUACCAACAGUCAGCUCAAGCCAGACACCUUUGUUCAGCACAUCAAGCGCCACAAUAUUGUUCUUAAAAGAGAACUUGGUGAAGGAGCCUUUGGGAAAGUCUUUCUGGCAGAAUGCUACAACCUCUGUCCUGAGCAGGACAAGAUCUUGGUGGCAGUGAAGACACUGAAGGAUGCCAGUGACAAUGCCCGCAAGGACUUCCACCGUGAGGCAGAGCUGCUGACUAACCUGCAACACGAGCACAUUGUCAAGUUCUAUGGUGUCUGCGUUGAGGGCGAUCCACUCAUCAUGGUCUUUGAGUACAUGAAGCAUGGAGAUCUUAACAAGUUCCUCAGGGCACAUGGUCCAGAUGCAGUACUGAUGGCAGAAGGCAACCGUCCAGCUGAGCUGACACAGUCCCAGAUGCUUCAUAUCGCCCAGCAAAUUGCAGCUGGUAUGGUUUACCUGGCAUCACAGCACUUUGUGCAUCGGGAUCUUGCUACCCGGAAUUGCUUGGUUGGUGAGAACCUACUGGUGAAGAUUGGGGAUUUUGGGAUGUCUAGAGAUGUGUACAGCACAGACUACUAUAGGGUUGGGGGUCACACCAUGCUGCCCAUUCGCUGGAUGCCUCCAGAGAGUAUCAUGUACAGGAAGUUCACCACAGAAAGCGAUGUCUGGAGCCUGGGGGUUGUAUUAUGGGAAAUCUUUACCUAUGGCAAACAGCCAUGGUAUCAGCUCUCAAACAACGAGGUGAUUGAGUGCAUCACUCAGGGCCGAGUCCUGCAGCGACCUCGCACAUGCCCCAAGGAAGUGUAUGACUUGAUGCUGGGCUGUUGGCAACGGGAGCCUCACAUGAGGCUCAACAUCAAAGAAAUCCAUUCCCUCCUCCAGAACUUGGCCAAGGCAUCUCCAGUCUACCUGGAUAUUUUAGGCUAAAGUCUCCUAGCAUUUCUUCUUAUGGGCUGUGUGAAUGAAUGUGUUCAACUGCCGCUGAACUCCAUUAAAAUGUGUUCUUAACUUUGACAGUAUUAAUGACAAAGUUGCGGAGAAGCUUUCAAAGGGCAAGCAAUGUGCACUUCUCCAUCCGUAGACACAGUAUUGACUUUUUAGACAUUACUGAGACAUAUCUCUUCUCUCUCUCCCUCUUUCAGUUCCUAUCAUCUUUUUCUUCUCUCCUGUCUUUCUAAUCAAUUUGGCUUCUGCAUUAUUGUAACUCUGCAUAGACAAAGGCCUUAAAAACCUGAUCUGUUAUAUCAGCAGACUCUGCAGUUUGCUCACCACAACUAACAAUGCCUUGUUGUAUUCAUGCCUUUGAUGUGGAUGAAAAAAAGGGAAAAUAUAUUUGACUCGAACUUUGUGAUACCUGCUGUAAAGAUACUGAGAGUUUCUAUGGAUUCACCUCAAUUUUUUUGCUUCAGAACGUGGGUGGAAAAAGAAGACUAGUAUUCUCUACAUAAAGAGUAUUCCUUGCGGAGAUAAAGCCAGAUGGAAACAAGACAGUGUUGUGUGAUCCACUAUCUGGAGAAACUAUGGGAUCAGAUGGCAUCAAACCCCACUAAAAACAUUGAAAUGAUUUGAUGGAAGGCAAGAGGAGGUUUAGCACUUUCCCUGGAGAGUCUUUCUGAAGAGUAAAGGGAUUGUUCAAGGAGGCACUUCGCCAGUACCUUUCAUUGCCAGAUACAAGUCUACGGCAAAAGGGAAAAAGAUGCUGCCUGCACUGCACACGAUUAUGUUACAACAUGAGAAGUAAACACAUGCCCUUAUUUUAUCUUCUGGAAGGAUAUCGUCAUGCCACUGGUAUAAAAUGUUCUCCAGCUAGUCUUUUUUAAUAAAGACUGAAGCUAGGUACAGCAUUAAUUUCAGGAUCACACAUCGAAACUAAGGAUUUUGAUAAGACAGGACAAGCUAUAGAUGCUGGAGCAGGUGUAUCUUACACUCUGCUUGACCAGCAGCAUAUUUUUUCCUUCCUCAAUCCUUUUUCUUUUUUUUUUUUUAAACCGUGCGAGCAAACUGUGCAUGGUCUCUGUCGAUAAAUGCCCUUUGUGCAGAAACUAUCACUCAUCUUGUAGUACUCUCUAGUAGGCAUAGCGAACUCAUAAUAGUAUAACUUAUAUUUCAUUAAAUGGGGAUAAUGAAAGACAUUAGCUAUGUUAAAAUGUCUUUACAAUGUUACAGAUACAAUAGGCUGAUACUACAUGAAUAAUCUAAAGCAUGGAGUUCACUGGUUAUAUUUGAGCCGUGGCGGGGAUAGAGUGAGAUCCUUGGGGAAAACAAAUAACUCUGAGGUUAUGGCUUACUAUUCAGAGUGCAAAGACCCUGAGCUCAGCACCAUGUUUGUAUUGGUACUAGUGCUGUCAUUACUGACAUCCAGUCUUUCUUAAAUACUUUAUUUUUUGGUUGGACGGGCAUUGUUUGUGUACAUUUGCAUGGCCACUGUGUUGAUGACAAGUGCAUGGGCAUAUCUGUUAUUUUUCAAACCAGAAGCUGAGGAUUUCAAAUUUAGAGUUAGGAUUAUUUUUAAUAUGAAUUCUUACAAAAGAAAACCUACCUUACCUAUUCCUCAAGACUUUUGCCUCCCUCUGUGAGGGGGCGUUACUGCAAAAAAAAAAAAAAUUAAAAAAAAAAACAACUUUGUUUUCUUUUUCUCUUUUUGUUAUCUCUUACUGAUAUGAGCCAGAUCAAAAUAGUCCUUCAUUUUUGCAUUGGGGAUAUUUUAUUUAAUAAAUUAAGCAUUUUAUUUUUGUAAGUGUUCCCAUAACACAUUUAAUAUAUAAUUUGCAUGCAUAUAUUAUUUAUUGAGGCGCUUUAGUUUUUUUUUCGUCAGAAGCUUUUAGAGCUAACUUAUAAAGAUUUUGAACAUUUUCAGAAGAAAACGGUUCACUGGACAGUGAUGGAAUUUUACCCUUCUCAAUGUCAUUGAAGAGGCAGCAUUACAAAUAAACAUGACAGUGUAUCUAUAAAGCCAUACUCAGUAUUUCUUUAAGAAACUAGGUGUUAUUUCUUAAUUGCUACUGAACUGGAAACACACAAAAAGCCAGAGGAAGAUUCCUACAAAAUGGGCCUUAAGAUUUUAUCUAGACUGUCUUGGAGUUCACAUGAAAAGCUAGAUAAAGACUGAUCAUCCAGUGAAACCCAUUCACGUGAGAAUCUGUGUUUCAUCUUUUAAAAGAAAUUUGGAACUGAUUUUCAAAAUAACAGUGGUAGAAAAGAAGGGUGUCAGAGUCCACUGAUACUGUGCAGUGGGAGAAGGCUGCAGGUGGUGGAGGGGGAGGUGCUGAGUUUCUGCCUGCUGUAUUCUGUCUUAGUUUCUUAUGAGCUUAAGAAAAUGGCAUCUGAGAUGCUUCUAUUGGAAAGCAGGCUCAAGCCUGAAAGCAAACAGGUGGGUUUUCCAAACACUGAAAGAAUGUAUACCAAAAAAAAAAAAAAAAAGAACAAAAAAAAGAACCCAACAACCAAAUCAAACCAAACAAAAGCACCACCAACAAAACAAACAACCAACCAACAACAACAACAACAACAACAACAACAAACACAACAAACCCACAAAACUUUAAAGUUGUAGUUAGCGGCAUCUUCUUUUUGAUUUACUUGUGAGACUACUAGAAUAAUUUCAGAGAAUGAAUAGUUACAAUGCAUUGUGCAAUAACAUAGCAGUAAGUUAAACUUCUAAAGGACCAAAUGUUCUACAGAGCCACCAGUAUGGAUAACCUUGACCUAUAUCAUUAAUGUUCUUGAUAGUGCAUAAAAUGUAUAAUCAGAGUAGACAAGCUAUAAACUGUAGCUAUAUGUAUUUUGCAUUUGUUCAUGAAAAGGUGCUUAAGUGUAGCAGAAUGAGCAGAGAGAUGGAAGAAAUAUGCUCAAAUCACAAUGAAGGGUGAGUUUAUGUGCAUAUUCAUCAUGCUUGCACUGUCCGCUAAAUUGUGUACACUGAGUAAAUAUGACAAUCAGGCUCAUUUAAAAAGUCUCUCUGGACUGUGCUAUGAACUGAUCAUAUAUAUAAUAUAUAUUAUAUAUGUGUGUUUGCAUAUGGCAUAUAUAUAUACACACACAUAGCAUAUACAUGUAUGCCUAUGUCUGUUGUAUUUUAUUUAUAUAUGUGCAGACAUGCAUGCACAUUAUGUAUGGGCUGUGUGUAUAUGUAUAAAUUUACAUACACCUACGUUAUUACAAAUGAUAAUUAGAGUGCUAUUAAUAAAUUGAUAAAGUCUGCUGAGUAACCAAAAUAAUUUUUUUCUUUUGAUAUUUCUUUUUCUAUGUUUGUAAGAUUCAACUUUUUAACUGGUGUGCAGCAGAGGCGGUGCUAGAAUGCCAGAGAUAUAACAACAAGCACAUUUUUUUCCCCAAACGAUUGCAUAAAAACAUCUCUUCCAUUCCCAUCUCACUUGUUUAUUUCUCAUGAGGAAAUGAACAGAUAAGCUCCUAAGCUCCAAAAGCAGAGUUUGACUGUCAUUUCUGGGUUUGUGCUAUUGUUGUUUUAUUGUCCUAAAAUAACAGUGCAGCUCCAUUAGCAUUUUAUACUUGUCUGCAGUAAUGAAAUAAUUCCAAGAAUGAGCUGGACUAUUCAGACUGCAACACGACUUGUAGGACAUCAAGAACGCCAAAAUUCGGCAGUAAUAGUAGCAGCAAUCGCCACGUUCUGUCCUUCACUCUCAGUAGAUCUGCAGAACUCAGAAGUGGUCGUGAAGAACAGAUACUUGUAGAGCAACAGCACCCCGUGAUGCAUGAUGGAGUGUACCCUUUCUUAAAAGACUUCAUUUUGAUUUGUAAACCAAUAUAUAUUGUCUACAGUUUAUAAAGCAAAUGCCCGUUUUUCUCCUUCUUUCUGCUCCGCCUUGUUCUCUUUCUUUUUUGUCUUUCCUCUCUAUUUCUUGCUCACUUUUUUUUUUAUUCCUUCUCUUCUUUUCUUUCCUUCUUCUGUCCUGCCUUGAUUUAUCUUUCAUUUCCCCUUUUUCCUUUUUUCCUUCCUCACCCUUUCACUCUUUCUCUCUCCCCUCCUUCUUGUGUAUCCUCCCCACCUUUCUGAGACACAGUUUUUGUUGUGGUUGAUGUGGACUUUACAAAAUAUUUUUCAAAGAAACAAAAUAACCCAAUAAAAUGAUAAGGUCACUGGAUGAGUAAGGUAUCUUGUAUAUGUGUUAGAACAAGACUAUGUCUGGGUUGUUGCAGCCUGUAAGGGAAUUUCAAAUACUCAAAUACUGCUAUAAAAUGUGAGGGAGGGGAGCAGGGAGGGACUGGGGAACAGAUCAGGGUUUCUAAUCAAAGAUUAAGGUUUUGAUAGCACAGGAAGUUGUAUUUUCUUGUUGUCAGGGCUGGGAUGAACCACUGCUGCUUUGAAUCAAGAGGUCCUUUAACAGCCUUAGUUAAACACCUUUAUUUGGGCAGGGGGGUGGGGGGGUGCUACAUUCAUCACAAAUAUGAAGCAAAAAAAAAAAAAAAUCAAAAAAAAAAAAAAAAACACCUCUACAUGUUGCAGGGAAAACACUGUGAAUUUCACAAUAGCAACCAAGUGACUAUUUUGCCAUCUUUUAAACAUAUGUCUCAGGAGAAGAAAUGGGAAACGAUGGGUGUAUUAUUUUACCGUCUAUGCAUUCUAGACCAGGUCUGUGGGGAUUUUUUGUUUGCUUGUAGAAGGUUCUGAGUGAUGACUGGCUGGUAUUUUAUAAACACUGAGUACUUUGGGCAAGGAUAAUAGAAGCUGCCAGUAGUGAGGCCAUUUGAUUGGAAUAUGUAGGAAAAAGGAGAUCAAAUCAAAACUUUCCAGAGGCCUAUAUCUUGCAGCUUAUAUGUAUCUUUCUGUAACUUAAAGAAAAGCAGCUAAGAAUGUUUUAUAUAAAAGUAAUUUAAUUCAACAUUGUUGUUUAAUUGAAUAGAGAGAGAAUCAAUUAAUUAUGAAAUAUUUGUCCCAGCCCUGCUCUCCACCUAUACUUUAUGUAUAUAUUUAUAGAUAUCUCUCUCUUUGUCACUUGAGAUAAAGAGGAAGAUACCUACACAUAAAUAAUAAUCUCUAUAUUGUCACCAAACUGUGACCUGGUGUGUAGAGCUAUUUUUCUUCUUUCUUUUUUCCUUUUCUUCUUUUUUAAUGUGAUGUCUCUGUGCAAAUAUUUAGUGGUUCUUGUUUUGCAGUUUGUUAUAACAAGUCAUUGCUUUAAAACUUUCAUUGCAUCUUGGCUGAUUUCAAAGUGAUGCCUAGGUAUCAGUGUUAAAAGUUUUGUUUGUGAAUCAUGUGACCAGCUUCUCUCGACAUGACAUGGAAAGUCUCUUGUAUUACAGUGUAUUUAAUAAAAUGAUGUCUUACAAUAAACAAUGUCAUCCAAAAGAAAGAUAAAACGAUUACUUUAAAAAAUGUA